AUGUCUAAUACUAAUUGGUAACAUGAAGUGAGUUUUGACGAAAACAAAGAAAUUUUGACAUUCUAAACCAUUUGGAGUGAGCAGGAAUCACAAGAACAAGGUAGUUUGAAUAACUAUUUCUUAGCUUUCUCUAAUUAUAGCACAUAAAAUGAUUAAUAGAAUCUUGUUAAUUUUGAUUGCCAAGAUGAUGUUAGCGCCAUAAGUGAGCAUUUUAAGGUUUCAAUAAAGAAAGGACCAUGGAAAGAUCAAAUAAAAAAAAAUAUCCAUAGUACUAAAAUGAAGAAGACUUAAUACAAAAAAAAGGUGAAAAGAAUAAAAGAGUUUUAACCUGAGGAGGAUAUCAGACUUCUAAACUUAGUACAUCAGCAUGGAACUUAAUUUUCAAGAAUUGUGAAGUAAUUCCCAAAAAGGACAGUUAGUAUGCUAAAAAAUAGAUAUUACAAGAACUUAAGAUAUAGAUGGGAAGAAUUAAUGGGAAUAGAAUACACAUAAAAUGAAUAAGAAUCUAAAACUGAGAACUAGAUUGAUAGAAUGAGCGAGGACAGCUAAUUUAUUGAUCAUUAAGACUUAAUCAAUAUGAUACCUAAUUCAUAUAGUUGUCCGGUAAUUAGUGGCAUGCUUUCCUCAUUCAUUACAAAAAUGGACUAAUUUCUCAAAUUUCAAUUUUGA